UACAUCCCAUUUGCUGACCUGUACACACACAAGAUGGCAGCUUCGUUGGAAGAAGAAUUUGAAGAUGCGCCCGAUGUGGAGCCUUUAGAACCAACAUUGAAAAACAUUAUAGAGCAGAAAUCUCUGAAAUGGAUAUUUGUUGGAGGCAAAGGUGGCGUUGGCAAAACAACAUGCAGCUGCAGUCUGGCUGUACAGCUGGCUGCGGUGCGUGACAGCGUGCUCAUCAUCUCCACUGACCCGGCACACAACAUCUCAGAUGCCUUUGACCAGAAGUUCUCUAAGGUGCCCACAAAAGUCAAGGGCUACGAGAACCUCUUCGCUAUGGAGAUUGACCCCAGCCUGGGUGUGGCGGAGCUCCCAGAUGAGUUCUUUGAAGAGGACAACAUGCUGAGUAUGGGCAAGAAGAUGAUGCAGGAGGCCAUGAGCGCCUUCCCCGGCAUCGACGAGGCCAUGAGCUACGCAGAGGUCAUGAGGUUAGUGAAAGGCAUGAACUUCUCUGUUGUGGUGUUCGACACUGCCCCCACUGGCCACACGCUACGUCUGCUCAACUUCCCCACCAUAGUGGAGAGAGGCCUGGGACGACUCAUGCAGAUCAAGAACCAGAUCAGCCCCUUCAUCUCACAGAUGUGUAACAUGCUGGGUCUGGGAGACAUGAACGCAGACCAGCUGGCCUCUAAGCUGGAGGAGACUCUACCAGUCAUCCGCUCUGUCAGUGAGCAGUUCAAAGACCCUGAACAAACAACGUUUAUCUGUGUGUGCAUCGCCGAGUUCCUGUCCUUGUACGAGACGGAGCGCCUGAUCCAGGAGCUGGCCAAGUGUCGCAUCGACACGCACAACAUUAUCGUCAACCAGCUGGUGUUCCCCGACUCAGACCGGCCAUGCAAGAUGUGCGAGGCCCGUCACAAGAUCCAGUCCAAGUACCUGGACCAGAUGGAGGAUCUAUAUGAAGAUUUCCACAUAAUCAAGUUACCGCUGCUGCCCCAUGAGGUACGGGGGUCCGAAAAAGUCAACACCUUCUCAAUGCAACUCCUGGAGCCCUACAUCCCCCCUACCAAGUGAUUGACCUCUGACUCCCAGUCGCAGUCUGAACUCACCAUCUCCGUCCCCCUUGACCCCAGCCUCACUCCUGCAUUACAGCAACCCAGCAAGAACAUCCUCUUCAUCUUCAGGAACCUAAACCACUACAGCAAGAACGACACACACACACACACACGGGGCGGACAACACAGAACACCAGGACACACAACCACCUGCUCCUGUUGUAGGCCUACAGUCUAAAAGCGAAAGGAGGAUCCAUAUGUGACUUCUCUCUCCUCUCACUUUUCUCUAUCAUUCUAUCUAUACCAUUCUCUCCAUCAUAUCUCACCAGGGAAAAUAUGAACUAUUCCUAAAGAAUUUAACUUUUCCCAGAGGAACACUCAAGGCCCCCACCUCCCUUUCUCCUCUCCUCCCCCUGCCCCCCUCAUCCUAUUUUUCCUUCCAUAUUCCAGCCUCAGUAAUGUACAAGUGAAACUAUCCUUAAUGGCUGAGUUUGGUGUCUGGUCCCGCUGCUGUGUUUUUCAGUAUAAAACAGCUUUGAGACGACCGACUGCAUCUUUGGUUUUUACCAUGUGAUUUAAUUAGACUGUAUCUGUUUGGUUUGCAUCUGAAAUGGCACCCUAUUCCCUGUAUAGUGCAUUAUUGCCACACAUUUUGACCAGGGCCCUGGUCAAAAGUAGUGCACUAUAUA